AUCGCCCCCUAGUCGCAUCGAAUGUCGAUCUUAAGCUAUAUGCAGGCUUCCCCAGGUGCACUAACGCGAGCUUCACGGCCUCGCCUACACUCGUUCCUGUCGUUUUGCAUAUUCUAGUUGUCUACCUACUAAUACUUAAUAUUGUCUUACACGAGUUGUACAAACACCUAUCAAGAUGCGUUUCUCCGUCCUUGUCACCGGCUUCCUCGCCGCCGUUGCGAGCGCCCAGUCCGAAACUGGUUCCUCUGGCUCGACCGCUUCGUCCGCCGUAGCCUCUUCUACUGGCACCGCGUCCGCCCCCGCUUCUGUCACUUCUAGCAAUGUCGAUCCUGCUCAGAGCUCGGCACAGUCUGCGGUUGUCCAGUGCAUUGAUGCCUGUGACCCGUCUGAUGUCAACUGCAAGGCCAAGUGCAUUGCUGUUCCCAGCCCCGACACCCAGAAUGUGAACGCGACCACCGAAUGUGUUGCCCAAUGCCCCCAGGGCAAUGGCACUGCCGCCGAAAAUCUCGACUACGCUAACUGCGUGAACGGUUGCAUUGCCCAGUACUAUUACACCACAACUGGUACUCCCAACCUACAAACCUCUAGCGGUGCUUCUGGCAGUGACUCUACCCCAUCUGUCACCAACAUUCAAUCCACCGUCACCUCUGACGGCUCCACCUUCGUCACAUCCUUCUCAAGCACCAUUGCGCCUUCCGGAAGCGACUCUGCCGCCGCCGCCUCCUCGACCUCCAGCUCGUCGGCCGGUGCUGACAUGCUCUUCUCCCCCGUCGGUUCCGGCAUCGGAUUAUUCUCUUUCUUGGCCGCUUUCCUCGCUCUAUGAGCACAGCGAUUACCUGAGUGAGACGAGUACGGAUGUUACGGGAUAUAAUAUCAUGCCACAUAUUUUGAAGAAUUUCUAAAUACCAGGCGCAAAGGGUGGAUUGACGAUAAAAACUUUAGUAAUAUUUAGGAUGUCAAUACUAAUUGGAGAUAUAAUCACGUUGGAUGAAACGCGAAUAUGACCUAGAUAUUGACCAUUGAUUCGU